AUCAGCAGCACCUUCGUCGCAUCGCUUCUGUGAAACUUUGGGUCCAUCUUUGUGUACGCGCGCACAGAGAGAGAGAGAGACGGUGGUCUCUUGCUUCUCGUAGCUGAAGCCAUGAUGAGAAGCUUUUUCAGCAACAGUCAGCACGCCAAAUCUUAUCGUUUUCUUGGUGCUUUUCGACAGGCCUUGAUUUGUUUAAUGUAGAGACGCGCAGUUUUUCCGUUGCCCAUCCUCGCAAGAAAGAGCCCGCGGUCCUCCUUCGCCAACCGAACUCGACCUAACGCAUCACCCCACGUGCGAAGCUUCUAUCUUGUUUGGCCUCUCAUUCUUCAUUUUAAAGAAGCAAAAGCAGAGGCAGAGCAUGUAGGCAAUUCGCGUGGAAAAGUCUGAACCUUUUCCAUAGGUGGGUGUUCUCUUGGUUCAAAGUCUUCUCUCGCUGGUUCAGUUUUCCCAUGCUAAUUCUUUUUCCUUUUUCUCAUUUUUCACGUGGGUAUUCAGAGGUUGUAGUUAAUCUUUCCAGUUUUAACUCUUAUGCUCUCAGCAUCUUUCUGUGGAAGAGUUUUGUGUUGUGAAUUCAUAUCUGGGUCUUUGAUCUCGUUUGUGUUAAACGGUUCCCUUCUGGUGACUGCGCAAAAUUUUCUUGUCUGGUUGUUUCAUAGCUUGUUUCCUCCUCUUCUUGCCCCUCUCGCGUGAAUUUGCUCGGGGGUGCCAUUGGCGUUGACCUGUUUGUUCUUUUUCAUUUCGUCAGACCUUAUUUUUCUAAUGCUAGUUAGCUAGGCGCGAGUAUCUGACUAUCGAUCGCCGGUGAAUUGUGACAGAACAGAAACAAAGAAUGAUUAAAAUUUGAUAUGGGGACUCUUCUUUAAUUUGGAGCAGAUUUUCUUUUUUCCUUGGCUGUUGCUGUCUCUUUCUUUCCCCAUCGGUUGUCGGGGAGUCAUCACAUUAUUGAUUCGCUGGCACAAAGCAAGGUCCAGCUAUUUUGAAUUUUUGAUUUGGGAAGACAGCAUCGAGUUGUAUGCAAUGGAGUGCUUCUACUACUUCAAGAACAGAUUGAAACCCAAGGAACGGAGAUCGGCGCCGGAGUUGGAGAGAAAAUCGGAUAGUUCAGCGGCCACCACCGAUCGUGUCGCUAAGUCGUCGUGCUCAGCCAAUUCGCCACGCGGUAUACCAGAACUCUAUGAGGAGAAGGCCCACAAUUUGCGGGUGUUUUCUUUCUCGGAGCUCAGGCAAGCAACCAAUGAUUUUAGCAGGCUUCUUAAGAUUGGAGAAGGUGGAUUUGGGUGUGUUUAUAAAGGUUCCAUUAAGCCUGUCGACCGAAAGGGCGAGCCAGUGCAGGUUGCCAUUAAGAAGCUUAACAGGGAUGGGUUGCAGGGUCAUAAACAAUGGAUUGCAGAAGUUCAAUUUCUCGGCGUUGUGGAGCAUGCAAACCUUGUCAAACUCAUAGGAUAUUGUUCUGAAGACAGCGAGCGAGGAAGGCAGCACCUUCUCGUGUACGAGUUUAUGCCAAACAAAAGCUUGGAAGAUCAUCUUUUUAAUAAAGCUUAUGCUGCUCUUUCGUGGCAAGCUAGAUUGAGAAUAUUACUUGGAGCAGCUCAAGGUUUGGCUUAUCUUCACGAAGGAUUAGAAGUUCAGGUGAUACACAGAGAUUAUAAGUCCUCGAAUGUAUUAUUGGAUGAGGACUUCAAACCAAAGCUUUCAGACUUCGGGCUUGCACGGGAGGGACCAACACAUGACCGUACUCAUGUUUCAACUGCUGUGGUAGGAACACAUGGAUAUGCUGCUCCUGAUUACAUUGAAACUGGUCACUUGACAACUAAAAGCGAUGUGUGGAGUUUCGGUGUUGUUUUGUAUGAAGUGCUCACUGGAAGGCGAUCACUGGAGAGGAACCGUCCGAGAACUGAACAAAAACUUUUGGAAUGGGUGAAACACUAUCCUGCUGAUAGUAAGAAAUUCAGCUCAAUAAUUGAUCCCCGACUCGAGAAUCAGUACUCAAUCAGUGCGGCUCGCAAGAUUGCUAAAUUAGCAGACAGUUGCUUGUUAAAGAGUUCAAAAGAUCGGCCGAAGAUGAGUCAAGUGGUGCACGGUUUGCAGGAGAUAAUACAGGUUUCGGGUGCCGGAGAUGAUGCAAAUCAGGCAGCAGAUAGGAGCUCCGACUUUAGUGAGAAUGAACCGGUCGACUCUGAAUCGAAGCCUGGUGAAUCCGGAACUUCUGAGUCAUGGAAAAGGCGAAUGGCCCAUUUAGCUAAAUUGGGAGAGCAUGUUGAGAGCGCAAGCAGGAGAAGAUUUAUGAUCAUGCAGAGGGCAAGAGUGCAAUAAAAUCUUGCUCUUCUUAAUGCAAUCGGAUUACUCCAAUAUUUUCGCUCAAUGUCAUAUAAACUUGAGAUUUUUCGCUCGGCUCGGCUCGGCUCAGCUCUUCCUUUGUACAGGUAACGGAAGAGAGAUGGUAAAUAGAUUGUUUCGUUUAUCAUUUUGUAUGUAUCUACAUGUUCCUGCUUCUUGACAUGAAUAGAUCUCAGGGAUGUAUGUACUUUAGCAGUCUGCCGCUCCAGAAUCUAAUUUUCAGAGUGAAUUUGUGGCGUUUUUUU